AUGGCUGGCGAGCGCUGGGAUCGCGACCGCCUCAUGUACGAGCGUGACCGCCUCGAGGACGACCGCUAUCCCAUGCGUGGCGGCCGUGGCCGGGAUCGCUCGGAUGAGCGCUACGACCGCCCCCGGUUCCAUGACGACGACCUUGUGCGCGACCGCCGCCACUACGACGAUGAGCCUCGCCCCGAGCCGCGGCGGGAGAGGGCGCCGCCGGCCCAGGAAUAUGAGCGCCGGACCGUCAUCGACAAGGAGCGCGACCGCGAGUACUAUCGCGACUCGUCGCCGCGGCGGCCAGGCUUCCUGCGCCGCCAGUCGUCGCUCGAUACCUACGACCGCCGCCCGCUCCGCCAGUUCUACGAGCGCGAGGAAUACCCGCCUCCGGCCCGCCGCGAGGACAUUUAUCGCGACGACUACCGCGCCCCGGCCUACACGCCCAUCCCCCUCCCCAAGUCGCGCGCCCUCCCUCCGCCCCGGCGAUAUCCCGACCGCGGCUUCUACGACGACAUCGCCGACCCGGACCACUACGGCGAGGACGAGAUGCGGCCGUAUCCGGAGCGCAUCCGCGAGCGCGAGCUGAUUCGAGAGCGUCAGCGACGAGACCGGAGCCGCGAGUCGCGCACCACCAAGACGCACACGCAUCGCAGCAGCUCGCGCUCCUCGGCCGCAACGAGCCGGUCGUCGAGCAGCGCAGGCGGCACGACAGUGCGCAGCAGCGAGUACCCCAAGAAGGGCAAGACCAAGAUUCCCGCGAGGCUGGUGUCGAAGCGGGCUCUGAUUGACAUUGGCUAUCCCUACGUUGAAGAGGGAAACACGAUAAUUGUGCAGAAGGCGCUGGGCCAGGAAAACAUUGAUGAGCUGCUGAAGCUGAGCGAGGAGUACAACAAAGCCGACCAGGAGGUUUCCGCCGCGCGCUCUUCGGCCGGCAACCUACUGGAAGAGCGCAGGGAAGAAUUUCACUUUGUGCCGCCGCCGCCAGCGCUGGCUCUGCCGACGGCCGCGGCGACGGCUGCCCCUCCGCCGCCGCCCGCCGCAGCUCCCUAUGCGCCGGCUGCAGCGCCCUAUCCGCCCCCUCCGGCGCCGUACCACCCGGCGCCGCCCGUUGCAGCCCACCCGCCGCCUCCCGCGGCACCGACCAUCUUCGAGGCUGCCCCUCCGCCCGUCGAGAUCGUGGACCGGUCGAGGACGGUGUAUCGCGAAGUGUCGCCGGCGCGCACCACGACGACGUCGACGUCGAGCUGGGACUCGCACAGCCAUCACCACCACCACCGCCACCACCACGACGAUCUCGUCGUCGCGCCCGUGGUGCGCCAGUCGCGGUCGCGGUCGCGCUCAGGCCGGGAGAUCCGCGCCGAGAUCCGCGCGCUCGAGCGGGAGCUGGCGCACCGGCCCAAGGGCGACAUCGGGGAGCGCGAGGUUGAAAAGGUGGAGCGGCAGGUGGCGGCGCCCAAGCCGCCGCGCAUCGAAAAGGACAAGAAAGGACCUCCUCCCAUGCUUCUGCGAGCCAUGCUGAGCACCCUGACAUGA